AUCUUGUCCGUCUCGUCUUCUAAAUCUCUCGCUUUCACCAACCAAACCCAGAAGAAACAAUAAUCGAAAAAUAGGGUUUUAAUUUGAGAGAGAAGAUGAAUUUCAGAAGCUUUGAGGAGUUCUGGCCUUUCUACGUGAUGCAACACUCGAAUCCGUUAACGAGGCGAUGGCACUUCAUAGGUAUAAUCGCGAGCAUCGUUGCCUUGAUGUGUUCGAUUUUGAUCAACUGGUGGUUCGUUGCUCUGGUGCCUCUGCUUGGGUACGGGUUCGCGUGGUAUAGCCACUUCUUCGUGGAAGGGAAUGUUCCGGCGAGCUUUGGGCAUCCCCUUUGGUCGUUUCUCUGCGAUCUCAAGAUGUUUAGUCUGAUGCUCACAGGAAGCAUGGAGAGAGAGAUGAAGAGACUCGGUAAGAGGCCAUUGUUGCAACUCUCUUGAAGCAGAAGAAAUCUCUAUAGAAUUGUUCUUGAUUCUUCUCAUUGCGUUCUGCGAUUGGAUUUAGACUCGAGAUUUGUAAUUACUUCAUGGAAUCGUUGUUUGCGAAUGAUCGAUCAUUCCUUCAAAUUCAAAACUUGUUUGGAAACA